GUUCAGUAACGGAAUCUUGCAAAGGACUUUAACCGUCACAUCUCCAUUUUGAACUGCAAAUUGUUCCUUCAUUUGUAGACAUGCUGGCAGAUGCGCUGAAAUUUGCUGAUUUAUGCGUUCUGUUAUCGAAAUUACGCGAGGCAAAGGGAGCUACCGCAUCGGUGAUGCGGAAGAAGCACUUUGAAAAAUUUGUUGCGAGUUGUGCGGACAAAUGUGGCGAAGGAGAGGAUGUUGAGUUGGGUUUCCAUCCGAUCCUCCGACUUCUACUUACUACAAAAGACACAAGGAGUUUAAAUAUAAAAGAAAAAAAAUUGGUGGAUCGAGUCUGUAAGGCUUUGGCUCUCAAGCCCGCCGAUAUUCCUAACGCAAAAGUCCAGAAUGCUACAAAAGUUUGUGAAGUUCUGGCUUCCGAAGUUUCGUCUCGGAUUGCACCAGAAGAUUUUGAACACCUAUCGGUUGCAGAGAUAAACAAGAGACUAGAUAACAUGAGCGAGAGCUCAGAUACCACAAACCUUCAGUACCUCUUCAAGAAUUGUUCUCAAGACGAGCUUUUUUGGAUAUUCAACAUAAUGAUUAAAAAUGUUGAGUCUACGAUUGGUGUGGCAACCAAUAUCAUUUUAUCAUGGCUAGGGCCACAAGCUGUGAGCCGAUGGAACGCUGCUCGCGAUUUAGCAGAAGUUGUAGCCCCAACUGUGCAAGACGAUGAGUCACUUCUUGGAGCCAAUUUUCGUCCCAUGCUGCUAGCACGGCUUCCCAAGGAGGGUUGGUGGGAAGUGAUCAAAGAGAACUGUGGCGAUGAGUUCUUUGUUGAGACUAAAUACGAUGGAGAGCACGUACUUUUGCACAAAAUUGAUCGCGAUAAGUAUAAAUGGUAUACAAGGAAUGGCAAAGAUUUUACAAAGGAUUAUGGAGGCUCGUCAAAACUGACCGAUUUAGUAUCGGGUCGAAUUCACUCACUUUUCCGAUCGACUGUGACUGACUGCAUCCUCGAUUGCGAAUUGAUGUUGUGGGAUAAGAAGCUGAAAAAAUUAGUUCGCCGUCAGUUCAAAUCCCAAAAUUCGGAAUUUCGUAGCCAUUCCUUCCGCCACAUCGACCCUAUAGAUCAUGUACAACUUGCUGUGGUUGUCUUCGAUUUACUGCAUCUGAAUGGAAAAUCCAUUAUGAACGCUCCAUUAUAUCAGCGUAUACAAGCUCUUGAAGUCGCUGUUCUGAAAGACAACAAACAUAUUGAUACCAUAACGGUAGCCCCAAGGAAGACUGUUAACACAAAGGAAGAAGUGGAGCAACUGUUUUCAAAAGCGUUGAGUGCCGGUGAAGAAGGUAUUGUUGUGAAGCGAAAAGAUGUGACAUAUCAGCCGGGUACUAGAAUGACCAAGAAUGGUUGGUUCAAACUAAAAGCAUAUCUUGGUGACAACGAACUGGAUGUGGCAGUAGUCGCUAUUGACAAAGGCAAGGAUAACCAGGUGACCUACCAGCUUGCUGUUCGGGAUGGUGACAAAUACCAAACCAUUACCCACUGUUCAUCUGGACUUGGUCGAGUCGAUAGAGAUUAUAUCUACGAUCUGGCUACGCGUUCCGAAGGUCCGCUCCUAGAGAAAGCUCCUCCAGAGUUGCGUGGGUGGAAAAUACAUGAUCCCAAAGGAGGUUAUAUCAGAAGAGAGCACUGGAUAGUUGUUGAGAUGACGGCAGCUGGAGUUCGCGAUGGUCAAUUUAUCGACCCAGUCAUGAAACGAAUACGAUAUGAUAAGGAUGUGGAUGAGGUAGACACGCUCAAGACAUUCGAAAGUUAUGAAGAGUUGCUUCACAACAGCAAACUAUCGGACAAGAGUCCAUCCAAAGCGAAACCCAGAAAAGUUACGAAAAGAAUGAUUGUUGAGUCAAGUGCUGUACCCGUAGUCGAUCCCAAGCAGAUUCGUUCUGACUUGCCUCUAAGUGGAAAAACUGUAUGUGUACUGUAUGGUACGGAUGAACGAUUACGUAAGCGACUCAUGGAAAUUCUGAAGACUUUUGGAGCUAAUGUGGUUGCCAACCCGGGAGCUGACAUGAGUUUGGUUGUAGCUACAACAGAGAAACAUCCGAAGACAAGGGCUCAGGUACAAGCUGGUGAGGUUACGGUGUUGAAGUCGAAAUGGGUGUUAAGAUGUGAAGAAGAGGGUAAAGUGGUGAAAUGGAAGCGUGAUGAAGUCCUGAAUGAGGUCGAAGGAGGUUUUUCCAUAGAAUGAAUUGGAUUUCUUUCUUU